CACGAUCGUGGAGGUUUUGGUGUUGAUGGUAAUGGCGGGGAGCGCGUGAAGCCGUUUCUCGUGGGAUUAACUCUCGUGGACAUGGAUUUAAUGGACGAUCGUAGUUGUUUUAGUUGUUACUUCUGCUGAGAGACGCAGACAAACAGAAAGGAGCGGGAGAGAUGGGGGACCGACAGCGGCGGACCGGGAGACUCGAGAACCUCACUACCAAGUCCCGGGUCUCCAAGGAGACCAAGCUCCGGUUGCGCGUGGUCUUCCUGGAUGACAGCGAGCGCACGUUCGAAGUGGAGCAAAAGGUUUUAGGUGGCGACUUCUACAACAAAGUGUGCGGUCAUCUGAAAUUGCUGGAGAAGGAGUACUUUGGCCUGGAGUUCAGACACCACAGUGGCAAUUAUGUUUGGUUGGAGCUGCUGAAACCUUUGGUCAAACAAAUCAAAUACACCAAUGAUUUAUUCUUCAGGUUUAUAGUCAAAUUUUUUCCACCAGAUCCUGGACAACUCAAGAGAGGCCUCACCAGAUAUCUUUUUGCCUUACAGAUCAAGCAGGACUUGUCUAAUGGCAGUCUGACCUGUAAUGACAACAGUGCCGCCCUGCUGGUCUCUCACAUACUGCAGUCAGAGAUAGGGGACUAUGACGAGGAGCUGGACUGCCAGCAUUUGGAGAUGAAGCACUAUGUUCCCAACCAGGAAUAUCUGGACCACAAAAUCAUCAAGUUUCACAAGAAACACAGAGGACUCUCUCCAGCAAACUCCGACAUCCAGCUGCUGGAGGUGGCGAGGAAGCUGGACAUGUAUGGAAUCAGGCCUUACCCUGCCUAUGAUGGGGAGGGAAUGAGGAUCAAUCUGGCUGUCACACACUCUGGAGUGCUAGUCUUUCAGGGAAACACAAAAAUCAACACAUUCAGCUGGGCAAAGAUCCGCAAGCUAAGCUUCAAACGCAAGCAUUUCCUCAUCAAACUACAUGAUAAAGUUGGGCCCUCGUGUAAGGAUACACUAGAGUUGGCCAUGGCCAGCCGUGAUGUGUGUAAAUCAUUCUGGAAGAUGUGUGUGGAGUACCAUGCUUUCUUCAGGCUAGCUGAGGAACCAAAGGCCAUACACAAAACUCUGCUGUCAUGUAAAGGCUCCAGCUUCAGAUACAGUGGUCGGACCCAGAAGCAGCUGCUGGAGUGUCUGGGAUCAGGGGAGAAGAAGCCUUCACACUUUGAAAAGAUGUACAGUCAGACAGACUGUGACCCCAGACAAUGUCGAUCUUCUCCUGAUCUCCUCACAGAUGUCUCCAAACAGGUGUACGAACAUUCCCACCCAUUCCCACGGUCAAGUCGUGCUCUGGCAAUACACAGCCAGGAUCAGUUGGACCCACAUCAUCGAGACAAUGAUAUUGAAAUCAACGAAAGAGUGGCUAAACGCAGCCAUUCAUGUGUUGAGGUCAGCCAGAGGCCUCGCCUCCUCUCCCAAGUCACUCCUCUUUCUCCAUCUGUCAACCAGACAACGCUGCCUUCACCCUCACCGAAGACGAGAUCUGCUUCGAUAUCUGUAGUAGAGGACACAAGGGGGGUACGAAUCGGGACACAGCGCCAAGCCCAGCGGUUAGCUGGUGUCUAUGGAAACCGAUCUAGACGUCGACCCAACCCCCAGCCACAUCCAGAUGCAGGACAGCAGCUGGUCCUUCUCUACCCUAACAGCCCUGCCUACCAGUAUCAUCCUGUCCUCCCAUCGUUCCCAUUAGCUGGCUCCUCGCCACUCAACCGACAUCCCUACUUGUCGGAAUUUGUUGCUGUUUCCUCACUGGAACGAAUUCCACAUACAAGACGGCGGGAUUAUGUGACAAUGGAUGGCAUAACACGGCCAUCUUUUUACCCAGUGUGUCAUGAUUCGCCAUCUAGUUCACCAAUCAGGAGAAACCUCCGCUCCAGUGGUUCAGGUGGGCUGGGAUUGGCCAGAAUGUACCAACCAGGAAGCAAUGGUGCAAGACUCAGGGGCGUUGGACAUACAGAGGCAGGCCAUUACAGCGAUGACUCCAACUUCCUUCCUGGACUGCCUCGCCGUGUAGCCAGCCAACCUGAUGUCAAAUUAAACCUCUCGAGGAGUUCAAACACUGCCUUUAACCCUGCUUCUGAGUUUCGCCCUCUUGGUUACUACCCCCACCUGACGCGCCCCUCCAGACCCACCUACCUCCCACUAAACUCUUCCCCUCUGCCUGAACGCCCCAGUUCACUAUGUAUGAUUGGCAGCACUGCGGGAAGCUACAGCGACUCAGACCCGGAGGUUUUCUAUCCAUACUACUGCCCUGCCCCUCAGGUGGGCAAGAUGGUACGGUCCGCUGGACUAGCCAGGAUGAGGUUUUCAUCGGGGAGUCUCCAACUUGAUGAGGAGGAAGAGGGGGAGGAGGAAGAGAGGGAGCAUACAACAGCAAAAGAAACUGCAAAGAAGGAGCCAGAGGGUGAAGAGGAGAAGAAAGAAAAGAGUGAAGGAGGAGAGGAUACGAAAGGAGCGGCAAAGGUUACUGAAGUGACGCUGUAGAAAAAGAUUAAAACAUUACAGCGAUUCAUGAUCACAGUCAAAACUGGAAGGAUAAUUUAAAAUAGCACAUCCUCUGCAGACUGUAGAUAACACCAUAAAUGUAUUAGAUAAGAAGUGUGUCGUUUUGAGGUGCACUGGCAGAUGAAAUGUAUUUUUUUGCCUUCUUCAAGUGAAAACCUCAGAUUUUGAA